GACUACUCCUUCAUGGCUGAGCAUACAGACUUACGUCACAUAAUGGGCGUGGGUAUAGCGAUAACGCGAGGCUCAGCCGCAUCACUAUCAUUUUGCUACUCCAUCCUCCUUCUCACCAUGUGCAGGAACUUCAUAACUAAAUUAAAGGAAUUUUCUAUACAUCAGUAUAUUCCACUGGAUGCCAACAUCCAAUUUCACAAAAUUGCAGCGUGCACGGGUCUAUUUUUCUCAUUACUGCAUACCGUCGGUCACAUUGUCAAUUUUUACCACGUCUCUACCCAACCUAUUGAGAAUCUGAAGUGCUUAACUAAUGAAAUCCGAUUUAAUUCGGAUUAUAAACCUGGAAUAAGUUUUUGGCUCUUCCAAACAAUCACAGGUAUUACUGGAGUACUUCUGUUCAUUAUAAUGUGCAUCAUUGUUGUUUUCGCUCAUCCCACCAUAAGGAAAAAGGCCUAUAAGUUCUUCUGGUUUACUCACAGCCUGUAUGUAUUACUCUACGCUCUUUGCUUGAUUCACGGAUUGGCCAGGUUGACUGGACCUCCAAGGUUUUGGAUGUUCUUUAUCGGACCUGGUAUCAUAUUCACAUUAGAUAAGGUCGUCAGUUUGAGGACUAGGUACAUUCCACUGGACGUUUUCGAGACGGACCUUUUACCAUCAGAUGUCAUCAAAAUCAAAUUUUACCGACCGCCCAAUCUGAAAUAUUUGUCGGGUCAAUGGGUCAGACUGACUUGUACAGCAUUUAAAGACAGAGAGUUUCAUUCAUUUACUUUAACGUCAGCGCCGCACGAGAACUUCUUGUCAUGUCACAUCAAAGCACAAGAGCCUCACUUGGAAGAACUCCUGGUAAAGAAGAGAAUCACCGAAGAGCAAGGCAAAUUUUCUGUGGACUUGAAAGUCUGA